GAGAUCUGAUGGUUUCAUAAGGGGAAACCCAUUUCACUUGCUCUCAUUCUCUCUCUCUUCUCUUGUCUACCGCCAUGUGAGACGUGUCUUUCACCUUCUGCCAUGAUUGUGAGGCCUCCCCAGCCACAUGGAACUGCGGGACUCCCAUACCCUGGGAACACCACAAGCCGUUCCUGAAGGCAAACAGAAGACUCAGAGACAGAACAGCAGAGCCUGAGCCAUAAAGUAGAGGGAAACAUUUCCCAGCCACCUCCUGUUUCCAACACUGCUGGCCCCGGAUCCAGAGUGUCAGCCGUGACCCUUAUGAUGGAUGAGAAGAGGUAUCAUGCCUUUUCCACCCCUACACCUGGAAGGAAGGUUCUGCAGAGAGUUCAUGAGAGACGAUAUGUGGAAUGUAAUCAGAGCAUACCUCUUAAUACUUAAGAGCCUUUGCAGGGAGAUCUCUCUUCCCAUCUCCUUCCUGGAAGACAGAAGCCUUGUGCGAGCCCCUUGUGUGAUAUCACCCCAGCUAGGGCCACCGGACGUUGGUCCUCAGCAGGGAGACUUUGGGUCCUCCACCAGGACCCAGGGCUGACCUGCAUGGCCAGGCCCCAUGGCCUGGGUAGAACCUUGUUUCUGCUCCAGAAUUCAUCUGUGUUCCCCAGUGCUCCCGGGGCCCUUGCACAGACCUCUGCGGCUCCAAAGGCUUCCUGCUGUAAUACUCUGUGCACACAGCUGAAUCCCUGACUCCACUCUGCUGAGAAGGAAAAAACGAUCAACAAACCUUCAUUUAAGAAAAAGCACAGCGUUCUCAUGGGAACCAAGAAGACAAGCCCUUAAUGCAAAGUGUAUUCAGAGAGAAGAAAACAAGAAAAGCAGAGACGAUUGGAUUACAGCAGUUGCUCUUAUAACUCCUCUCCGCCCACCCCCUCGAUGAGAAGCUGGUUUGAAGGACUGAGUAUCAAAUCCCUACUGAGCUCUGAGGUUCCAGGCAGCGUAGAAAACAAUGCCUGCCUCUUGCCAGGCAUCCUCAUGGAAGUGACAUCAUCUUUAAACCUGUGUGGCAAUCCCUGACGCACCACCGUGAUGCCCAGGGAAGACAGGAUGACCUGGAAACCCAACUACUUCCUUAAGAUCAUCCAGCUAUUGGAUGAUUAUCUGAAAUGUUUCAUCGUGGGAGCAGACAAUGUGAGCUCCAAGCAGAUGCAGCAGAUCCGCAUGUCCCUCUGCAGGAAGGCCGUGGUGCUGAUGGGCAAGAACGCCAUGACGCGCAAGGCCAUCCGAGGGCACCUGGAAAACAGCCCAGCUCUGGAGAAACUGCUGCCUCGCAUCCGGGGGAAUGUGGGCUUUGUGUUCACCAAGGAGGACCUCACUGAGAUCAGGGACCUGCUGCUGGCCAAUAAGGUGCCAGCUGCCACCCGUGCUGGUGCCAUUACCCCAUGUGAAGUCACUGUGCCAGCCCAGAAUACUGGUCUGGACCCUGAGAAGACCUUCUUUUUCCAGGCUUUAGGUAUCAUCACUAAAAUCUCCAGGGGCGCCAUUGAAAUCCUGAGUGAUGCGCAGCUGAUCAAGACGGGAGACAAAGUGGGAGCCAGUGAAGCCACGCUGCUGACCAUGCUCAACAUCUCCCCCUUCUCCUCUGGGCUGGUCAUCCAGCAGGUGUUCGACAACGGCAGCAUCUACAACCCUGAAGUGCUUGACAUCACAGAGGAAACUCUGUAUUCUCGCUUCCUGGAGGGUGUCCGCAAUGUUGCCAGUGUCUGUCCGCAGAUCCACUACCCAACUGUUGCAUCAGUGCCCCAUUCUAUCAUCGACGGGUACAAACGAGUCCUGGCCUUGUCUGUGGAGACUGAUGACACCUUCCUGCUUGCUGAAAAGGUCAAGGCCUUCUUGGCUGAUCCAUCUGCCUUUGUGGCUGCAGCCCCUGUGGCCGCUGCCACCACAGCUGCUCCUGCUGCUGCUGCUGCAGCCCCAGCUAAGGAUGAAGCCAAGGAAGAGUCGGAGGGAGGAGUCAGACGAGGAUAUGGGAUUGGGUCUCUUUGACUAAUCACCAAAAAGCAACCAACUUAGCCAGCUUUAUUUGCAAAACAAGGAAAUAAAGGCUUACUUCUUUAAAAAAAAAAAAGAAAAGAAAAAAAGAAGAAAGAAAGAAAGAAACAAAGAAAGAAAGAAAGAGAAAGAAAGAAAGAAAAGAAAAAAAAAUAAAACAACACUUGCUCCCACGGUUGUGACAGUGGGGUUUAAAGAAAACGAGCAGGCGCCGGGCGCGGUGGCUCACGCCUGUAAUCCCAGCACUUUGGGAGGCUGAGGCGGGCGGACCACGAGGUCAGGAGAUUGAGACCAUCCUGGCUAGCACUGUGAAACCCCAUCUGUACUAAAAAUACAAAAAAUUAGCCGGGCGUGGUGGCAAGCAUCUG